AUGGGCAACCUGCUUGGCGGGGUCAGCUUCCGCGAGCCCACCACGGUGGAGGACUGCGACUCCACCUGGCAGACGGACUCGGAGCCCGAGCCCGAGGAGCCGGGGGCGGCCGGCGGCGGGGAUGCCGAGGCCCCCGGACCGGGGCCGGAGCCCGAGCCGGAGCCGGAGCCGGAGCGGCCGCCCAAGCCCGAGGACCCACGCGCCGGCGGGCGGCCCCGCGACAGCCCCGCGCAGGAAGGGGACGCCGAGGCGGCGGGCUCGGCCGAGCAGGGUGGUGAUUCCACUGAAGCAACUACUAAACCAAAGAGAAGUUUUUAUGCUGCAAGGGAUCUGUACAAAUAUCGUCACCAGUAUCCACAGAACUUCAAAGAUAUCCGAUAUCAAAAUGACUUGAGCAAUCUUCGUUUUUAUAAGAAUAAAAUUCCAUUUAAGCCAGAUGGUGUUUAUAUUGAAGAAGUUUUAAAUAAGUGGAAAGGAGAUUAUGAAAAGCUGGAGCACAACCACACUUACAUACAAUGGCUUUUCCCCUUGAGAGAACAAGGCUUGAACUUUUAUGCUAAAGAACUAACCACCUAUGAGAUUGAGGAAUUCAAAAAAACAAAAGAAGCAAUUAGAAGAUUUCUACUGGCUUAUAAAAUGAUGUUAGAAUUUUUCGGAAUAAAACUCAUUGAUAAAACUGGAAAUGUUGCUCGGGCUGUCAAUUGGCAGGAAAGGUUUCACCAUCUGAAUGAAUCCCAGCACAACUAUUUAAGAAUCACCCGUAUUCUUAAAAGCCUUGGUGAGCUUGGAUAUGAAAGUUUUAAAUCUCCUCUUGUAAAAUUUAUUCUCCAUGAAGCUCUUGUGGAAAAUACCAUUCCCAAUAUUAAGCAGAGUGCUCUGGAAUAUUUUGUUUAUACAAUUAGAGACAGAAGAGAAAGGAGAAAGCUCCUGCGUUUUGCCCAGAAACAUUACACUCCUUCAGAGAAUUUUAUCUGGGGACCGCUAAGGAAAGAACAGUCUGAAAGAAGCAAAGCUCAAAAAAUACCUGCCCUUCCCACUUCUGGUCAUGGCACCCAAACCUCUCUGCAUAAAAAAUCCAAGGACUCCAAAACUUCCUGUUCUGCUGAUCAGGCAAUUAGCAAAGUAGCUGAAGAAAAAACAGUGGCACCUCAAGAACCUGGAGAAGAGACAGACAGGCCCAGCUCAGAGCUCUGUAGUGAUGCUGCCAGGCCAAGAAACACAGAAAAUGCAGAGGACAGUAAUCCUGAGGAUAUAAAUUCUCAACUAGAAAAAACUAUGAAUAAUUCUUCGGAGAAAAAGGAGAGUAUAUCUCCCAAAAACAAUGAAGAAGGUGAUGAUCAUAACAAAGACUGUGAAAAUGCUGGAAAUGCAGGUUCCCAUGAUGAUAUACUCUUACAAUGAGUUAUCAGAAAGCCCACACACCAGUUUAGGUAAGGGAGGAUUGUAUUAUUUACUCUGAAAACAUGUCUAAUUUCAGAAGUUAGCCAUUGCUUCAGAUAUAAAUUGUGUUUUGUUAUUUAUUUUUUUAAAUUUGGAUUAAAAUGAAUUUAAUAAGUUUCAAGACAAACUCCAAUAAAUGAUUAUAUUUUUAACAUUUUUAAGAUGUUAAUUUUCAAAUUCUGUACACAACAGUUACUUUUAAUAUGUCUGAAAUAAUAUAUAAUUUGCUGUAUUAAAUUUUUUUGUGAGAUUAUGGUCACAUGAAGAAAAUGAAGGUGAUUUUAUUGUUGCUAUACCUUUGUCUGAUUUAUGGAUUCAUUUUUUUAAUUUAUUUUAUUUUAUUUUUUUUGUCUGUUUGUUUUGGGGCCUUUUCCAGUAGUGCUCAGGGUUUACUGCUGGCUCUGCACUCAGAAAUCGCUCCUGGCAGGCUCAGGGGAUGACCAAAGGGAUGCAGGGAAUUGAACUACGAUCGAUCCUGGUCUGCCACAUGAAGGCAAAAGCUCUACCCACUGUGCUAGUGCUCUGGCCUGUAGGGAUUCAAUUUUUUGCUUAAAGAAUUUGAUCUUCUAUUUUAGUGUUCAGAUAGAGAUUUGCCCUUUUUUCAUACCUCAACAUGUUUUCUUUUAAAUCUGAUAAGUAAAAUGGAAGUUCUUGGGAAUCUAUGAUUACCCCAACUUUGUUUUUAGCCUCACAGUCAUUUUCUCUUUCCCUUUCUCCAUGUUUGACCUAAUUCUAUCAUCUUGUCAGCUAACAUGUGUUUCACUAAUGUCUAAUUACCUAUAUUGAAAUUUAAAUGGAACAGAGAUUUUUCAUUUCUGCAAUUUCAAGAUUUUGCUUUGUUCAAAGUAGUAAAGACUUUCUCAAGUGCUUAAAAACAAAUAUUGAUGCA